GUCAUCGUGACAACACAUGUCAAUGUCAAAUAUCCAAAAGGAGGUUAGGACGUAAACAUAAACUCCUAAAUAUUUUGAUUUUCAGUCCAUUUACCAUUUAAUUCUUAUUAUUGGCAAUUUUGAAAAUCAACACUUGCCUGUGUCAAAAUGAGUUUCGAUAAUGUUAAACCUAUACUCGGCGCCAUCACGAUUACAGAAGCUAAUAUACAAACCGGUAUCGUAUACAAAAACAAAAAGAUGAUCGACAACGUUAAUCUUUGGCAUAAAUUUAUUAUCCACAACCCCAGCAAUCUGAGUAGGAAUGAUCUACUGACGGCAGUCUUAGAUCAUGUUUUUCCAUUCGACUUAAUACCGGUCUCAUAUGGAAAAGAUAAUAACAAUUCUAAUUACUUUUUGGCCAGAAACUGUGCUGCAGCCAUACAGAAGCUGUGUAAGGACCAUUUGAUAGUGCCAAAUCCUUAUAAUCGAUCUCAACCUCUGAGAAUGGAGAUAAUUUUGAGAUACACAACAACAACACUGUUUAAAGUAGACGUGCAAAAAAAUAUAUCUGCUGUGCUAGAGAAACGGUUUGAUCCAACGAGAAGGUGUUUGGAUCUGACCCGGUUUCAGGAUGAUCCAGAUUUGACUGAGUUUUGCCCUCUGGGACAACCUAAAAUAAUGUUUUUUGUUCUACACUUAUCGAAAAAUUUGAUUCCUGAGACAUACAUUCUCAGGGAGAAUAAGAUCAGAUUAUUACAUUCAUUCGAUGCAUUAAAAGUGUGUAUAAGCAGUAUCAGGAGCAUAGAUUUGGGAAAUAAUCAGAUUAAGGAUCAUAGUCUGUUGUCACCAUUGGUAUUAUAUAAAUUACACCAUUUGGUAUUAGAUGGUAAUCCGCUAUGUGAAGAAUACAGUUCUAAUCCUACACAGUAUAUGCGGGACAUAUUAAAUAUGUUUCCUCAUCUGGAAACCUUGGAUGGCGUUCCUUUAAAAGUGAACGAUCUGUCAGCCACGAGGCCCAACUUUCUAUGCAGUUUAGAAGGUCUAGAUCUAAUAAAUCAAUUUCUGGAGCAUUAUUUUACGUUGUACGACUCACAAAAUAGAGGAGCGAUACAGAAUCUGUAUCAUCCGCAUGCGAUGUUUUCCAUGAAUAGCACCUUUCACUCAAAUCAGGCGAGUUUGGCAGCCUACAAAUAUAUCAAUCGGUACAAGUCAAUAAGCAGAAAUUUAAAAAUGCUAGCAGAUUUUUCUAAGAGCUCUGAAUUUUUGUUCACGAGGCCAGCAGAGAUAACUAAGGCACUGUGCAGUCUACCGCCAACUGAACACGAUCCGCUUUCGUUCAAGAUUGAUCUAGUAUAUCACACUGAUACAACGUCUGUGGUAUGUGUAAAUGGCGUAUUCCGAGAACAUCCCGAAAACUUGCUAGAUCCCGAACGCAUAUACGGAUUUGCUCGUACUUUCGUCCUCAGUACCGCAAAGAUCCUUGAUGGGGAUGUCGAGUGCCUGAUAAUAAACGAGUUGUAUCACGUUUAUAACGCAUUUACCUUCCAAAGGCUGAGCGCUUUCAAAGUAGCACCCGCUAGACCUCGACCAACAAUUGGAGUGGAAGUUGCUAAAGUACCGCAAAGCGCGCGAGAAUUUCGGCAGGUCAACGAUGCGCUCAGGAUGAUCACCGGUCUAAACGCCGAUUGGGCGAAGAAGUAAGGCUGGGCACUUUUUAUUUAUUUUCAGUUCCAGCGUAAAAAAGCAGUAUCGAAGCCUGAGAAGACUGUCCCCAGUUCUACUAACCGUAGACAGUUUAGAAAUAUCGAAUUAAUGAAAUGUCUUCAAGCUUUGAUAUACAAAGAAAUUCGUUCAUUCAAAACAUUUGCGCGAACGGAAUCUGAAUGCUAAGAAAUAUUCGCUCUGAAAACAAGUCAAAUACCUAAUUGACAUACAUUUUGUUUUAUCAGUGUUAAAUUUAAGUCUAUUAACGUUUUACCGAUACAUACUUUUUAAUAUCACCAACAGUCUUACCAUUUCCGUGUUGUAGUUGCUGAUAUUUUCAGGUGCUUGGAGGAGUGCGACCACGAAUUGGCAAAGGCGCUGUCUCUAUUUGUGGAUUUGUAUAAAUCAGAUAAAAUUCCUUGCGAAGCAUUUACCAGUGGGAAAAAAUGAAAGUAGAAAGUUCGGUGUCAUUACAUUUUUAUACGGCAGUUUUGAUGACAUUUUAAGCUAUUUCAUAUGUUGAUAUUAAGGUGGGAUAGUACCAUCAUGUAAUUUGUUAUGUAAAAAAGUAUUACCGGUACGGAAUUUGUACAGUUGGUUACCAGUAGUGAAACACUUUUAUACGCUGUAAGAUUUGAGUACAUGUGCAAUCUCCGAGAAAGAUGCCGAUUAAAUGUUUGUGAUUCAAUAGAUUGUUUAGACGUGAAUAAUGACUGGAAGUUUAGUAUCAAACAGUGCAGAACUUUGUUGAACCGUCAACAUUUUGUACCGGUAUAUUUACUAUAUUAUCUAAUAUGCGAUUUAUUUACAC